AUGGAUGAAGGCGGAGCUCAUCAGGUAUAAUAUUUAGACAACUAGAAGAAAAAUGUCUCUAAAACUAGAGAAAAAAAGAUUUAGCUCUUUUUAACAGUAAUCUCACAGAUAGCUUACUAAAUUGAUCAUUCUAUCGAUCAGAAGCUCAACUACCCCAUUAAAGCGCAUUGAUAAGGACCAGAACUUGGCUGUAUCUUCCCAUCAAAACUUGAUUUUUAAAGCCUAAACAUUUCAGAAUGUCGAGAGCGCAGGAGUCGACAACGACUCUGAACGAGGAAAGGCCUUCCUCGUCAACAAACUGAUGCAAGACUUGGAGCACGAAGAGCAGUUCGAAGAGCUCGAACUCAACGGCCCAGGAGCUCAACCACACGAGCAAGACCUGAUCGACUUUGACGACCCGAUUGAAACUGUGCAGAAGAAACAGGAAGCUCUCCAACUCUACGAAUCGGAUCUGAAACUGCGCGAAAAAGCCGUAGCCGAGAAGGAGAACACUCUGAGACACAUCCAGGAGUGGGAAAAACGACUUGAAUCUGAGGAAGAGGUCAUCAAAACAAAAGAGGAAGUGCUGCUGCGUCUGGAGAAGGACUUAAAGUUGGAAGAACAACGACGGGACGAAGUAAAGCCAGUGAAUGAACACCUCGUCGAGUUGGAGGCGAUCCUCAGAAAAAGAGAGGACCAACUCAAUCAGCGCGAGGAAGAUAUUCAGCGAAACGAGGAGUUUCUGAAGCAAAGAGAAGCGAUGUCACACGAUUUGGAAAUUCGAACAGAAGAGGUGGAAAGCAGAGAGGAGGCUAUAUUGCAAAGGGAGGAAGAGCUGAAUAGGUACGAGCAGGAGCUUCAGGAGAGAGAAGCAGUUUCUCAUUCCUUGGUUAAUGAAGACGAUUCUCAACUAGCUUUAUCGUUGCAGAAACAAACUGAAGAGCUGAUUCACAUGCGAGAAGAACUCAAUAGUAAAGACGAUAGAAUAAGAAAUCUUGAAGAAGAAGUUUCACGAUUCGUGGAGCUUCUGAAAGCUCGCGACGAAGAUGCCGCCGACAGCCACGCUGAAAAAGAAGCUGAGCUGCUGUUAAGAGAAGCCGAAGUGGCCAGGAGUGAAACAUUCGCCCAAACACUACAGGAGCGCGAAGAACUAUUAAACGAUAGGGAAAAUAUUAUUCUAGCCAAGGAAGAAUCUAUGAUCCUUCUGGAAACUUCGCUACAACAAAGAGAGACGGAAAUUUCUAGCGAAAACGAUUAUAAAACUGCUCAGUCUUUGCAGAAGCAAGCAGAGGAAUUAAUUCAUAUGCAAGAUGAGCUGGCUAUCCGGAACAAUAGAAUAAGAAAGCUAGAAGAUGAAGUAGCGAGUUUUGAAGAGCUUCUGAAGACUAAAGACGAAGAAGCUGUCAACAAACAGAUGCAGAGAGAAGCUGAACUUCGACUAAAGGAAGAAGAAGUCUCUCGGGGGGAACAAUCUUUGAAAGACCGUGAAAAGCUUUUGAACGAUCGAGAGAACAAUAUUUCAGCCAAGGAAGAAUCGAUAGUUGUUCUUGAAAGUUCUCUUCAACAACGGGAGGCAGAACUUGAAGAAAAUACCAGGAAAUCACAGAGACAUGAAGAAGUCGAUCGUGAAUUUGAGCAGAACUUGAUAAAGGCCAGAGAAGAAUCAUUACGCCUCUUGGAGGAGAGUCUUCAAAAAAUGGAAGUCGAAGUUCAAGAGCAGCAGAACAAACUGAAAGAACAGGAGAUAGAACUGGAAGGCAAGGAAGCGACGCUGAAACAUCGUGAAGAGCAACUAAAAGCUGAAAAAGAAGAAAUUGAAGCCAAAGAAGACUCAUUGCGGCUAUUACAAACGAAGAUCGAAGAGCGUGAGCUGGAGCUGCAAGAAAAGGCCCGGAAACAGUUGGAUUUCGAAGAAUCACUAGCCGAAAAGGAACGGAAACUGAAGGAAACCCUGGAAAGUCACGAAAAAACCGUAGAAGAGUGGCUCAGAACCAAGGAAGAUGCUCAGAAUUAUUCAGCCUACACAUCAGAAGCUGUAGUAGAAGAAACUUCGAGCGUUUUCCAAGUCUUAAAAAAGACGAUUCGAGCUCAUGAAGACGUCAGCCACUCUUGGACCGCCGUCAGGAACUCUGUAGGCUUUGGAAAUUCAAAGUUGAAGUGUUCGUAUUUUACAGAUUGCUGAUUACGAUAGAAACGGCAAUAGCGACGACCAAAUCGAUGUGAGUUUCAAAAAGGCCGAAAUUAAAUUGAAAAUUUCGCAGGAGAACAUAAGCAGCCUUCUGAAGCAUCUGAAAACGCUGAAGUCACUUUCUCAAGCAGCCUAUGACGUCACUUCGAGUCAAAGUUAUGUUUUGGAGGUUUGUGAAGCCAUUGAACAAAUAAUGAGAAAUUUUCGCAGGAGAUUCUGAGGAAAGUCAUGACGUCAUCAGAAACGAUAACAAACGGAGCUGAAGAGCUCCUUCGGAUGGCUCAGGUCGGCGAUGACCUGUUUUUACACAAAAGUUGAUAAGGCCGAGUUUUGGCUCAGAACUCAGUAAUAAUUACUUUAAACCAACCUAAAUUCGAAACUCGAGUGAAAAAAAAAGAAAAGAAUAAAGUUUUCAGUAGUUUCCACCAAAAUAUGAUUUUUUCAAUACUUCUUUUUUCCCUAACUGUUCUUGGAAAAGAAUUAUGGAAACUUGGGAAAAAAAAUUUUUUCUGAUGUUUCCCCAUGGCAAAUUGUGUGAAUUUCAUGUAUUCCUGUACUUUUCGGGGAGCCUGAUUUUCCAAACCAAACGAACUCCAUUAAAAGACGCAAAAGUAUAGGAUUUCUCUCAUUUUGGAGCCAUAUUUUACAAUUUCCCUGUUCCUUAAGAGUCCUAACUUUCCAAGCGCAAUCGACUGAAUUUAAAAAAAUUUCCUUCUCAGUCUUUCAAUAACUCUUUUAAUACCAAUGUUCGGAAUUCCAGCAAAACCUACGAAUCCCGAUGAAGCCACGCGUUGACAUGGCCGCGGCCCACCGAAAUUUGGAUUCCGACGUCUUCACGCUUCAGACCAUCGCCGACGAGUACAACUGA